AGUUUGAAACAAAAUACCAAAACUUUUCCAUUUCCUUUCUUCUUCUUCCGAUUUUCUAGCUUAAGUCUACACCCCCGUUCUCGGAAUUCCGUUCCCCAACCCAGAAUCAAAACCCAUUUCUUAGUUUUCUAAUACAUGCUCACUUCCUGAUCUUUGAAAGAGAAGAUCAAGAAAUGAGUCAAAAUGUUUAAGAAUUUCAAAUUGAUGGGGAAUUGCUUAACUCCCUGCAAAACUCUUGCUGACCAUAAACCAGUUCAACACAAACAAAUUGGAUUACCAUCUCCAACCAAACCAGAUAGUGCCGUAGCGCCAGUUCAACUGCCGAAACCUGAUGUAAAUACCACUCCAGUAGUACAGACCCCAAAAAAUGUUAAAGAUCUUCGUCAGAACCCAGGGUAUCGUGAUGUCUACAUAUUUUCAUAUCUUGAGAUGAAAAUAGCGACCAAGAACUUCAGGCCAGAUCAAAUUCUUGGUGAGGGCGGGUUUGGGAUUGUAUAUAGAGGACUAAUAGACGAAACUGUCAGGCAGGGUAUCAAGAGUACUCAAGUUGCAAUCAAACAGCUUAACCCAGAGGGGUUUCAAGGAGAUAGAGAGUGGCUGGCAGAGGUGAACUACUUAGGCCAACUCAGCCAUCCUAAUCUCGUGAAACUCAUUGGAUUCUGCUGCGAAGAUGAACACCGGUUGUUGGUCUACGAAUUCAUGGCAUGUGGGAGUUUGGAGAAGCACCUCUUCCGAAAAGUAUGCCUUACAAUGCCUUGGUCGAUCAGAAUGAAGAUUGCUUUAGAUGCUGCCAAAGGGCUAGCUUUUCUUCAUGGAGCAGAAAGACCUGUCAUUUAUCGAGACUUCAAGACAUCAAACAUUUUGCUAGAUGAGGAUUAUAAUGCUAAACUAUCAGAUUUUGGUCUAGCGAAGGAUGGACCUAUGGGAGACCAAACACAUGUUUCAACACGUGUAAUGGGAACUUAUGGAUAUGCAGCUCCAGAGUAUGUGAUGACUGGUCAUCUAACAGCUAGAAGUGAUGUUUAUGGUUAUGGAGUUGUACUCCUUGAGCUGCUGAUUGGGAGAAGAGCUAUGGACAAGAGCAGGCCAAGCAGAGAACAUAACUUGGUUGAAUGGGCACGGCCUCUAUUGAUCCAUAGCAAAAAAUUGGUAAGGAUAUUAGAUCCAAGAAUGGAAGGACAAUAUUCUCCUAGAGUUGCUCAAAAGGUGGCAAAUUUGGCCUACCAAUGUCUCAGUCAAAAUCCCAAAGGAAGACCAAUGAUGAGUCAAGUGGUGGGGUUGCUAGAGACUUUUCAAUCGCCACCAGAAAAUACAGAAAAUCUGUUUGCUCACAGAGGAGGUGGUCCUGUAACCUUAUAUGAGGUUCCUAAGAGCCCUGAUGUUAAUACAAAAGAAGUUAAUGGGAAAAUCCCAAGGAGCGAAGAGAGGGAACAUAGAAAGAAAAGUAGCCAAAGAAGAAAUGAAGACCGAGAAGCUGGGAUACACCGGAGUGGCCAAAGAAGGGGUGAAGACCGAGAAGCAGGGACAAGACGAAGAGAGGGACCGAAACCAAGAAAGAACAGGAGCAAGAGUGAGCCUCCUCGGAUUGAGGCUGAUCUCUAUAGUCCUACUAGUCCUUCUCCAAUGAGAGAUUUUGAGCCAUGAACGAAGAAUUCAACCCUCAAAAUGAGAUGGAUAAAAUCGUCUAUGGUUGAAGUUGGCGAACCAGGCGAACUUAUCAAUCUUUGAGAAUGGCCUUGGGGUCAAAGUCUGGUCCUACCACAUUGAGUUUCUACCUAAGAGUUUGUUCUAAAUUGCCAUUGCCAAUAUGCCGCUGCUGAAACUAUCGACUAUGGAGUUUCUGCUAUGAAAGUUUUUGCAUCUUGGGGUGCCCAUUUUGUGUAAUUUUAUGGUAGCUUAGUGUAUAUGUAUUUAACAUGCAAUUGCGACUCUAUAACCACUGGUUCAGGCCAAAAGAUGACAAUGCUCUCGAUUAAUGUUACAAUUCAAAUUGCA